GUCAUGGGUUGUUUGUAUAUUCUUUGGAGUAUGCUACGAAUUUAUGCCUUCUGGCCACGUUCACGUGCUGAUACGUUAGGCAUUGAUUUGACGUGUAAAACAUUUGAGGGAAUAAUGAUCGUUGCUAUAUUUGUUUGGCUUUUUUUAGGUAAUUUCAACAAUACUAUAAAUUAA